AGGCAAGGGGGAAAUGGACGGCACACGCGUAAAUUCAUUUUCCUCAGUAAAUGUACGACGGAAAAGUGACACAAGGAAGGACAGAAUAACAGUUUUCAAAGGACAGUUCAAUUGCCAAUUUUUGAAGGUAGGCGGAAUAUUUCAAUGGCGUCGAUUAGACGGCACAAUACAUCUUGGAAACAUUCGCUCUUGUUCGAUGAUCGAGCUCAGCGAUCGGCAAUGUGCUGGUGUUCAAGCGAGCUGAAUACAACGCAAAACGGGCCGGGUGAAUGUGACAAAAUGAAAGAUCUGCGAAGGAUAGUAAUGAUUGAUCUAUACCACUUUGAGUUAUAGGGAAAACGAACUUUCGCUGGUGAAAAGCCCCAAACUGGCAAGCGAAAUACCUUUCGAUCAACAAUGACUCUAGUUUUCAGGAUUAUACCUCGGGCCUUAGUGAAAGAUUCCAGCUCGUCUCCACUGAUAGCAAUCAGGUUUUGUCUCUUUUUUAAAAAACUGAACAAAUCUAAAGGAGCUGGUCUCGAUGGAAUGUCUAGUCGGCUUAUUCUUAAUUGCGCUGAUUUGAUUGCACCUCAUAUUUCAAUUACAUUUAUUAGUAAUAGUUCUUUAGCUAAUGGUUUUCCCGCCGAUUGGAAGUCUGCGAGGGUUGCUCCUCUGUUAGCAUGGCGAAAGAAGCGAUAUAGACAAUAAUCGUCCAAUUUCAGUUAUCUCUAUAACUGGUAAAGUAUUUGAAAGAAUUAUCUAUAAUCAACUCUUUGCCUAUUUAUCGGAUCAUAAUAGCACUAAUCUGGGCUCUGCGUGCUUCAUUCAACAGUUACAUCCUUAUAGAGUACUAAAGUGUGACGUCAUAAAAAUGAAAUUUCUGAAAUUAUGAGAUUUGUCAGGAUAUUCUGAAAGAACAAUGUCCAAGAGGCCUACUUGCCAAAAAUGAGCAUUUCGGGGCAAAUUGUCUCUGAGACAAGAGGUGGGGAUUUGAUUGUCUUUGUUGACCCUGGGGUAGGGCAUUUGACUGAUCUUGUUCUCCCGGGGGAAGGGAUAUUUGAAUCUUUCUUCGCCCGACGUGGAGAUAUUUGACUGCCGACUCGGACGAAAAAGACUGAGACCGAACAUAUGUUUCCCGCUUCCACGCUUCACGCAUGCGCCAUACGGUUUGAAAAGAUCAGGAAGUCAUGGAGGCCAAUGAGAGCAAUCAAAGGCUGAGUGGAUUUCACUGUUUUGUCUUCAAAUUUCGUUUGUUUUAGCAUGUUUUUGAUCAAUUGAACCUCUUAAUAUACUGUGGUAUCAAAGUAAGCGGAAGUAAAGAGAAACUGAGUCGAUUUUUGCAAGUACAAUUGAUUAGUGUAUGGCUCAUUCGCUACAAUCACUGUAAACUUAUAAAACUGACUUUCUUUGUACCUUUUACUAAGAACGGUAUAUUUAGACUUACAAAAUGUGGACUUUCUCCUAAAGGUUUAUGUAUUCUACGCAGUGUAACACGGAUUAUGGUUAAAACGUAUAAUUGCAGCUGUAACAGGAAGAUAUAUCUUUGGUGAUGCAGCAACAUUUAAAAUUAAAAAAGAUUGCAGAGUUUUAUUUGGAGAUAUUUUUAUUGUGCGUUUCUUAGGCUCUGCCUUGGGAUGGACACCAAUGUGCAGCCUGGUGUGGGGAAAUUUGGUUGCAUUUGACUGGAAUGAUUUGCCUGUGGGCAGGGGAUUUGAUUGAAAAUUUUUGAAAAAAGUCAAAUCCCCACCCUAUACCCUGCCUCCCCCUGCCCCCCGCCGGCAUUACAUUGAUAGGUGCAUAACAAAGCAAGGUUUCUGUAAAAUACUCUGAGGAAAACUCCGUCCUCGGGGAAGUCUCUUAUUAGAAUUUAUUCACUCAAGUGGGUGGGGUGGGGGUGAGCGCUUAUUUGAGUUUGAUUGGGAGGAGGAGAGGGUGGGUGCUUAUUAACUUUUUCGCCCUUUAGGAUGAGCGCUUAUUCGAGGUGGGCGCUAAUUCGAGGUUGGGUGCUUAUUCGAAUAAAUACGGUUGGUAAUGUUAACGCUGUUGUUUUCCUCACAGUCGAUGACCACAUUCUAUUGUCUAAAUUACAUCUCUAUGGUCUAAUAGGUGUUUCCCAUAAAUAAAAAUAUUGUUCUCCUCCUAUUUAGAAAUCGUACCCAGAAAUGCAUUGUCAAUGGUUCCCUUACAGAAUGUUACACCAUCAAGUGUGAUAUUCCCCAGUUAACAAUAUUAGGGCCUUUACUGUUUUUGCUAGUAUAUCAAUGAUUUGCGCAAUUGUCUGUCUCACUCUGUGCCAAGAAUGUGUGCUGAUGAUACCCAUCUGACUUAUUCAAAUGGUAAUAUCCCCUCCGUUCAGUCUUCCCUGAAUGAGGAUUUGCUCAGCAUAAAUUGCUGGCUUACUGCAAGUAAAUUAACGCUAAAUAUGACUAAAACUGAGUUCAUGUUAAUUGGCUCAAGGCAAAAGCUUAAUAAUCUACCUUCUCUGCCUUCCUUGAAUAUAAAUAAUGCUCCAAUCAAGCAUUCUCAUUGCUCUAUUAGUCUCGUGGCAUGCUUAUUGACAAAAAUCUAACAUGGGAAAACUAUGUUGAUGCUUCAUCUAAAAAAAUUGUAUCUGGUAUCUGGUAGGGGUUUCAUUAAGCAUCGGAGAUUGGAGAAUUCUCCGUCUACUAUGCAUAAUUCUCCGGCUAGAUUUCUGACAAUGAAGUAUGGCUAUUUUUUAUUCAGACAAAUCUGAUUUGGAUUUGUUAUGUAAAAAGAAAUUAUUCCCAGAAAUGCAUAAUUAUGAAUUAUACGAUUUUUCUUGAUAUCUUCAAGUUAUCGAACGUUGCUUCUACAAAAGUAACGUGGGCGAGCCUAUGGAUGGAAACUUAAAAUAAAUGUGGUAAGAGGUUUGUAGUUUGAAAGAAUAAUAAAAUUUGAAAAGGCAAAGCAAUGCUUUGAAAACUUAUAGAGUGAAGCGAUUAAAACAUUGAUGAAAUCGAUAAAGUUACCCCCGAGGAUGUAUUUUUAGGUUCAGAGCCCCCCUCCCGUCUGGAUUUCCAGAGCCGUUAACCCCCCCUCCCGUGAGAUUUUCCAGCAUGCCUUCCAUCGUGAGGGUGUGGAUUUUUUCUGGAAUAACCCAAUAAGAAUCAAGUACCUUUAUGAAUAAAAAGAACGAUUUCUUUGUCAACUGCUACGGAAAUAAAUUUGGCGAUUUUUACUGUAUAUAAACGACAAAGUAUUAAAUUAGUAUGAAGCAAAUGCAAAUUUUGAGAUUUUUCUAUUUUAACGAUGACUUCUAAAACCGCACAUUAUAAAUAUUAUUGUAACUGUAAAAUCUUUGACUGGCUUUCGGAAACUGUUAACUUCUAGCUUGAACACGGCAUUUAUGCAAAACAGGGUUUAAUUUUAUAAAUUAAUUUUAUUUAUUUAUUUAUUUAUCUUAACAUUCGUUUUCGUAAAUGCUAUUAUCAUUAAUUUUAUAGUUUGUAAACAUUUUUAGGAUAUUGUAUAUUGUUAUUUUACAGUCUAUUUAACCUGAUUGUUUUUACCGUGUAUUAAUAAAAGUGAUGUUGAUGAUGAUGAUGGUGAUGGAUAUAAUAAUAAUAAUAAUAAUAAUAAUAUAAUUCUCUGACAUGAAAAAUAAGCUUACAUUUUCUGUUGACUCGAAUCUCAUGAGAAUAAGGCCCAUAAGUCAUCUCUUUUUAUUGGAGCAUUCCUGGCACCUUUUGUGGAAUAACAGAAUAAGCUGUAAGAGUAGCAAUAUUAUUAAAUGUUGUGUCAGCCUGGGGGGAGGGGGGUGUGGGGGACUGGGACUGCCAUAUGACAGGGGUGGGGAUGCAUGUUGUCUUGCUUAGGGGUGUAAAUUUCAGAUUUUGGUCUCGCUUAGGCUGUUCUGGGCAAGACACCAUUAUAUGUCGCCGUAAAGGUCUCUUUUAGGGUUGUGCUCAAAGAAAAUAAUAUUAAAAAAUUAUAUAUUUUCAAUUUGUUUUAUUUACUCAAUCCAUGUAAUUGAAGUUUAAAAUGAUCCCUUUUAGGGGUCAAAAAAAGGUUGGGCCAUGCCCAGAUUCGCCCAGAUUGGUCUUCUUUAGGGGUUUAAUUCAAAAUUUCCAACGAGCAUGCCUGCCCUUUUCAUAUGGGAGUCCCCCACCCCCUGGGGUCUUCACAUCAUUUUAUCAAAAUUCCUAAGCUGUUUGUGCCACCGCGAGCUUAUUUUCAGGCAGUUUACUAUAAAAACUGGGUGAAAAUGAUUUUUUUCAAUUCCUUUGCCAAAUUUUUAAUUUUUUACUCAAAAUCUGAAAAAAAAGAAAUAUACCUGUAGAAGUUUGGCUUGGUAAGCUACUGUAGCAAUUUUAUCACUGAUUUCGAAUAUUUAACAGAAUCCAGGUCUUCACCAGCAAACUGAAAAUGGAGAUCACUGGACAUGGUGGUAAUGUGGUCUCAAGAAACAAAGACUUGAUGAUCUUUUUGUUCAAACUAUAAACAGUUAAUGGGUAGUGAGUUGGAAUGCAAGGCAAAAGUUCUUUGUGCUAAUGUUUCCUUCAUUUUCAUGUCUUCAGUGCUUUAACUUACUCUCCCUGGGGAUCAAAGUAUGACCAGUGACCGCGGGAUAGUGCCUUAGGGGAAGGGUACUCCUAUAAAUUUCACAUCGGUAUGUGCUGCCCAGGGUCAUUAAGGACGAGAUGAAAGAGAAUUUAUGCAGUUGUAAAAGAAAGCCUGAAAAAAUUCAGGUUGGCUGGGAUUCCAUCCCUGACCUGGGCGGCACAUACCUACAUCUAUAUUGGAACUAGCCCUGCCCCAUGAAAAUGGCAGUGUUGUGGCUAAAAGCCGCUCUCAGGUUUUACCAGAAUUUUCUGUUGGGGUUAGGAAACAAAGGAAAUUCUGAAUCAAUCUAGUUUGAAUACUGGUUUAACCUAAAAAUGGAUUUUACCUAAACGAACAAAUACUGUGUACAGAGUAUCUGAAACAUUUACCAAAUUACAUCGUAAGUGGUGUUGCAGGCAGUGUUAUUUGGACAGUCUGUCCCUGUGUUGGAGAUAAGAAAUGUGCAAUAACUAUUAGCUAUAAAAGUGAUAAUGAAUACAAGGCUGUGCUUUAAAGAAAAUUGAAGGGACCCCACUGCUCUGAAACUGUAAAAUCUAGGGUGCCCAGCAUAUGAUUUGCAUGAAAAAUCUGAGAUUUUCUAGUUGCCCGAGGGCAAAAGUUAGGUGCCAGGGGCCACCGGGCUUUGCUAGAGCACAUCCCUGAAAUACCAGGUACCAAGGGAAAAAAGUUGGGGUGGAGUUAUUAAUAUCUGGAGUAUGGGAAGGGAGGACUAUAACCCAGGUAGGGUGAAAUAGUGUCUUUUGAAUGUUGAUAGCUGUAAGCAGGUGAGCUUGUAACUUGUUUGGCUAAGCUUAUAACCAGAAUUCUCUGUUAACUGAACAACGAAAAUGAACAGUCUACUCUUAUUAAUAACAUUACAAACUACAAUGUUAUUAAACACAAAAAAUUAUUGUCUUUGAAUUUUUUUUCUUGUAAUUUUGGUAACAGCAUACCUAUACCUGCCAACUCUCACGCCUUAGGCGUGAGUCUCACGCCUGCGGGUUGAAAACUUCGAUCUCACGCCCGCUCACGCCUGCGGACCAAUUUCUCACGCCUGAUUGAAAAAUGUGAGUUGUUGCCGUCUUGCUUGACACAAUUUCCAAAAAUAUGUUAACUCAGACCCAUGUAAGGAACGAAAACCAUGUGUAAAAUGAAUAAAUGACAAUACCUUCCUCGCGAUCUCUGAUUUUGUGGAUAAGCGUUUUCUUGAUAACUUCGCCUUCGGCAGACUUCGGACGUCUUCGGAAGACUUCGGACGUCUUCGGGAAUCUUCGGAAAUGAUCGUGUCGUUUUCAAAAAUCCCAGCACUCCCAGGAUAAAAAUCUCACGCCUACAUCUCAGAAAAAGUUGGCAGGUAUUACUAUACAUACCUUAAGCUCAAGAUUAUCUUGCAAGAUUAACACAGUAGUUUUAUGAUGAUUGUGUUUUGAUAACUGUAUCAUUUGGUAUUUAAAGUAUAGUAACCGACAUCACUCCUGGCAGUGAAACCAUCUCCUGCUACCAUGGCAACCAACUCAGAGAGACAGAUAGGUGAAAAACUUACAGACAGCUUGUUAAUGGAUAUGACCCCGGAAUAUCUACCUGAUGUAUCUGCAUUACAGGUGCCGCCUGCUGCAUACCAAGGUAAAUACCUUUAGAGAGAGGUCAAUAAAUUAUUAUUCCAGAUUUAAUACUGGUAUAAUUUAAAAAAGACACUCUUUAACCCUUCACUUAUGAAUUUGUACUGGAGGACAAAAUUUUAAGGCUGUUUUUUAAUUGGCAUUGGGAUUGAAAGGGGCUUUGUCAAGCUAUUUGCUAUCUUUUUAACUUUGUUUCCAGCUAUUGAAUUCCAAUAAUGAUGGUCCAGUUUUGUUAUUUAAGACAGUAAUGUAGGCGUUGCACCUGUUUCCAGUCAUCUGUUGCAACUGAUGAAAAGGAUGGACAUGAAUUAAAACUUGAAAAAGUUUUGGGCCAACUUUUUCAAAUUUUGAUGCCUUGCCUGUAGAAAGAGAAAAACAAAAAUAUAUUUUGUAUUUUGUAUUUUAUUUUUACUCCAUCCUAUAAUACAUUAGUUGUACAAUAUAUAAUACAAUAGUUGCACAAUAUCAAUUGGUACAAAGUUGCUUAAACUACGUGUACAUACCGGUAAUAAUAAUAAAAGAAGAAAAUUAGAAUGGAGAAGGGCACAUUAUAGUAAAACUAAUCAUGGCCCUUUAACAAGAUUGACUUUAUUCUUUUGUAGUUUUGUUAUUCAUUAAAACACAAACACGCACACACGCACGCACGCACACACACACGGACGCAAGUCAAUAUUGAGCAAGAUAAUAUUUUUUAAGUGCCUUUUUGAACGAUCGUCAUUCAUGUCUUGCUUCUUUCCUUUCUUUGACAUAUUCAAAUAAAAGACAGCAGGAACUCUUACACAGGAACUCUUACACGAAAAAAAACUAAAGUAUUUAAAGACAAAAAGGCAACAAAUAAUGCAAACUACCCAUGCAGCUUCAAAAAACACGGCCAUCAUCAUCGCUGACUGCUGACCACUGACCACUGCCCGCUGGCCGCAAAAAAUAUAUAUUACAGAAAAAAAUACUCUUCAUUACCAACAGUUUGUUGAACAAUUUGUAAUAACAAAAUUGUAAUGGUUGGGGCUUUCUGAUGAAAUUUGUUUGAUAUCUCUUCCAUAUCUCUAAUGGAACAUUUUUGUGUAUGGGUAAGGGCACCAAGUAAUGACAUACUGUGUUUUCUCGAUUAAACGCCGGUCACCAAUUAAACACUGGCCUCGAAAAAAUGCUGUGUCAAAACUGCUGAUUUUUAAAUAAUGAUGGCUGGGGUGUUCAAUCUGAGCCCUGUCAAGGUUACAAGCACCAGUUAUAAGUAAAUAUAAUCUCGUAAACAGCACUGCUAUGAAAUAAAAAGUACAGUAUGUUGUUUUGGUAUUUUAAUAAAAUAAUGUUCUUAAAAGGAAAGAUACCGCUGUAACAUAACUAGGAUGGAUACUGCACAUAAAAAUGUAUGGCACCAUAAUACUGUAACUAUGAGUAAUGUACAUACAGUUGUCAUCCUUGAAGUUCCUGGGGCAGGACAAAGGGUAAAAUCAUCCCACCUGACAAACUGCUCCUGGGUCUCUGAGGAUCAGUAAUAAUAAAUCAACCUGAAAAAGUGACGGAGAAUUGCAUUUCAUUAAUAAACGCCAGACCCUGAUUAAAUGCCCGGCUCGAGAAAAGGCUGGGUCAAAACCACCAAUUUUUAAGCAAACGUCAGUGGUGUUUAAUCGAGAGAAUACAGUAAGCACAGAAUUGACCAAUGACAACAAUAUCCUCUUGACGUAUAAGCCCCUUGAAAGUGGACGACUUAAUAAUCAGAAAUGUUUUAGAAUGUUUUGCUUUUUCAGUUAACAGUGAUGAGAAAUAAUAAGACAUUACAUAAUUUUUAUUCUUUGUAGGUCCUUACCUGGAAAUUCUUGAACAACCUAAACAGGUAACAAAAUAGAAAAAUAUAAUAUUAUUUUUCUACAUUUAGUCCAAGUGAGGUUUUGAUGUUAGUUGUUAAUGUGGUUCAAUUUAUUGUAUUUGGUUUGAAUAUUAUUUUAUUUUCCUUUGUUUUCAUACCCGACCAUACCUUUCAAUUUAUACAAUGGAAAUUAAAACUUAUCUGAAGGUUAGACUUCAACUACAGCUUAUGCAUGCCACUUUAAAUGUAAUAUUUUUUCUUUGUUUUUUUAGAGAGGCUUUCGUUUCCGGUUUCCUUGCGAGGGCCCAUCUCAUGGAGGCAUACCAGGCCAAUAUUCUGAGAAAGGCAAGAAGUCAUACCCCUCAGUCCAACUGAGUAACUAUCAUGGCCCUGCCCGUAUUGUUGUGUCAUUAGUAACAGUCAGCGAGCCUUACAUGCCACAUGCACACAGUCUAAUUGGAAAGAAUUCCAAUGAUGGGGUGGUGACAGUACAGAUUGGCCCAGAGCAUGGAAUGACAGCAAGGUAUUGUAACUUGGACAUUGUAAUUAAGGUUAAGGCAUACCUGCCAGAAAUAUGCCUUUUGGAAAGAGUUUUUCUCAUGCGGGCCACACAGAAAUUCCUGUUUCUUUUUAUGGGAGGUCAGAGUUCUCAUUCAUGUUCAGUUUUAUAGAUCUUUCCUUAUUGAUUCCCCCUUUUGAAAAUGUGAGGCAAUAUUGUCUCCAAAUUGCCAUUAAACUCAGGCCUGUGGCCAGGAUUUUUUACCGGGAGGUGUAAUCUAUCGCGGAGAUGGACCAAACAAUGCCAGAGGUGCUAGUUUCUGGGUUGGGGGGAAUUGCGUUGCUUGAGACUGCGUUUCGAGCAUUUUGAAAAACUUUGUUAUUUUUCAAACUUUUAAUCUUCAAAAGCAAUUUUUUUUAAACAGAGUACUUUAUUCUUCAAUUUUUAGAAUGGAAAUGUGGGAUGUUAAAAGAAAGAAAAGGGAGAAAGAAAGUUGGAAAUCUGUAUUAUUCGCUAGGUUUGAUGCAUGAUGUUUGCAUCAUGAUCUUUCAAUAGUGUGCCAAGCUCAAGCUUCCUUGGGUGUUUCUUAGAAACAGAUCAACCAAAGACUUCUUUCUUGUCAAUGUAUGUUAGAUAAUGGAUGUGUUCAUUACCUAGUGAAGAGAGCCUCUCUUGUGCCAUGAAUACUACUCUUUGGCCACAGAAAACAACUUAUAUUUUAAACAACCCUCAAAGACAAAAGGGCCACACAAAAAGGAACAAUGCAUAUCACAAUCUCCUUCAAGAGAAAAAGGAUCUCAGAUCCACCCCUUGUAAUUGGAAGGAGUCCAUCAGUAGCUCUGUAAGUAGCCUGUGUAACAAAUUAAUGUUUCCGUGCAGUUUCAGAGCAAAGAACGAGGAACAAGAGUCAAAGACCAAGCGAAAAACCAGCUCUUGUAGGCAACCACCUCCCAUAAGCCAUCACCUAUUCAAAACACCAAAAUUUUCGCGGUCAAAGCCGUACAGUUGGAACCUUUCACAAAUGACCACCUUCUGUAACUUACCACAACCACUUUUGGGGCUGACUCUCUUCAAUUAUUUUCCUAAUAUUGUUUUUAACCUCCUGUAAGCUAUGUUCUUAUCUCUAUGUUUGCUCCACGUACUGUCUUACUUCAAGGAUACGAAUCUGAACUUUUAAUGACUGCAGGGAACUACACAAUCAUAUAGACCAUCAAGUGGGUGUGUCCAGACCUGACUUCUCAGGAGGGACCACCUAGUGUUCGAUUCUUGUAAAAGAUCACCUGUCAUAAGCAACCACUUAGUUUUUGCAUUUUGGGUCGUCACUUAUCAGAGGUUCAUUUUUAGAAGAUCCUUUGACAAUCAAUAGCUUAUUACUGUGGUUAUUUAAUACAUAUGAUUGUUAAUAAUAUUUUUUUUGAUGAUGAUGAUAAUUUUUCAAUUUUAGUUUUCCAAACCUUGGUAUUCAACAUGUAACAAGGAAGAGUGUGUCUAAAGUGCUGAUGGAUCGAUACAUUAAACUUCAGGCACUCCGCACAGCAACCCUCAAUGCACUAACAGUGGACAGCAAGGGGUUUGAUGCGGAUGCAGCGAUGAGGGAUCAAGGUUUAGCUGAUGGUGAUCUGUCAGAAUUUAAUAAAAAUGUGGCUGAAGCAAUUGCGGGUGAGUUACAAAAAUUUAAAAUGAAUAAUUCUUAUGUACAGUUUACUUCAACAGCUGGACCCUUAACGGUCUGCUCAUGUAAAACAAUUUAAUUUAUGACACAAACAGAAAAUUGAAGAAAAAUGCAGGUUUUUGAUAUUUUUUCAGACUCAUUUUUCAGUUGGCAUAUAUACAUUGGUAACACUAGCAUUUGACUUCUAAUCAAAAUGUCUGCUCUACAGACCCGAGCCCUGAAGUUGAAGUUUUGAUGUUAUGUUUUUGUUUUUUUUUAGUUAACGUGGGUUUUGACAUCUAAAAUAAAUGUGACAAAAUAAUGUAUAUGUUACAGGUAAAAAUUAAAUCCAUGUUAAAAUUUUUAACAUAGGUUGAUUCUCAUCAAGUUCUUUUGUCUCCUAGGGCCAGGUGCCCGUUUCUCGAAAGUCCCGGUAACUUUUCGGGCCCAAAAUCAAAUAUUCAAAUUGAAAUAUAAAGAAUAAGAGCGUGGGUCCUGGCUAGCAGACUACUCCAUUUUGUUUUACUAACUGAUAGUUUUAUCAUGCUAGAUGCAAAACUAUUGAAACCUCGAUCUUUAAUGUAAACGGAGACAGCUUACCGGGCCCGUUAAUUAUCGGGCCUUUCGAGAAAUGGACCCCAGGAGUUUUAAAAUGACUGUAUCUUGUUCAUCUUAAUUAGCCAAUUAACACUAAACAGUUCCUGUCAUUUUUAAAUCAGACAGUCAGUGGGUGCAGGAUAACGGAGUUCUAUUUAUCUGAUUUACAGAGGAGGAGUCACGCAAAGUGCAGCAGAUGGUUGAGGAGCAGAAGACUAACAUGAAUUUAAGUGCAGUGCGACUGUGCUUUCAAGCCUACCUUCCUGAUGAGAGUGGCUGCUUCACUAAAGCAUUGCCACCUUGUAUCUCAGAUCCAGUUUAUGAUUCAAGUAAGAUGAUCGCAAACUUGGCUUAUUCAUACAUGGACACAAAUGCUUGCAAAUAUAUUAAUGAUACUUCUAUAUCCUAUUCGUCAGUUGAUGUUUGAAUUUAUAGUGUCAGCUCUUCUGGGGUGUUAUUUUAAAAAAACCUUUGUGUUCAUAGAACUGGGUCAUUAUUAUGCCUCCUAUCUCCCCAUAUUCAGUUGGCAAUGGCCUCUUGCCACUUUCUCUUUGUCUCCGUAGUUGCAGAUUGUCUGUUUUGUAACCCUUGGCUGUUUUUUCCCAAUCAGAAGCCCCAUCAGCCUCCAAUCUGAAGAUUUGUCGCAUGGAACGCAAUUCUGGAUGUGUUACAGGAAAUGAUGAGGUCUACUUACUUUGUGACAAGGUGCAGAAAGGUAUGUCAUGGUAAAAUUUCUGUACAUGUCAGAUGACAUUAGACAGAGUGAUUUCUAAACUGUCUUCCUACAUUUUGUCAAUAUUAAUUAGCAGCCGACUAUCAAAGCAUACAUGUAGGCAUGGUUUCUGAUGUCUGUGAGUUUGGGAGUUUGUUAUGGUGGGUGUGUAACACCGGUAUCCUGGAACCCAUGGUCUACACCAGACCAUGUUAUAUUAUUACUUCAUUCCCCAGGUUAACCAGUAAUAGUUGUUGUGAACUCUUUGACUCUAAAAUCCUUAUCACCCAUCUGUUUCUUAUGUUUCUUUUGUGUCUCUAAUGUGUUGCAGACGAUAUUGAAGUUGUGUUUUAUGAGACUGACCCUAGUACUGGCAAGAGGACGUGGGAAGCUCAAGGAAUCUUUACUCCCACAGACGUUCAUAGACAGGUGUAGUUUAUUGGCAAAAAAGAUUAUUUGAAAUAGCCUGUUUGUUUAACAUUGAUGAUUAGAGAAAGUAGAUAACAUCUUUAAUAAAUUUUAUUCUCAAUUUGGUUUCAAGGUCCCAAGUUUUUCAACUCGCCAAAUCGUGAAAUUCAAAACAAUGAAAGUGUUGGUUUGUUAGGUAAAAGACGUUAAAAGAACUCCUUCUUUCUUGGUGACAUAUACUCUUGGUUGAGCUACAUGUUUUUUCUUCUCUUUUCUUUAUUUUCGUAAUAAUUCAUUUUUCAUUCAGUACCCUUAAUUCACAUGGUGUAACCCAUAUUCUCUGGAAGCCUAUAGUUUAUAAGCCCAUGUCUUCCAAUAGGCUUCCUUUUAAUUGCCAUUACCAUUAAUUUUGAACAUUAAUUUGAAAAACAAUUUAGAAUAGUGUCUAACAUCUUUAAUAUUUUAGAAAUUUAUUGUAUAUUGUAAAUUUAAAAUGGUUAAUGGCAAAAUAAGUGGAUGAAUGAACUAUUAUAGGUUGCCAUAGUGUUCAAAACACCUGCAUACUGGAAUGUUGCCACUGAAAAUCCUGUUAAGGUUCAUCUUGAACUGAGGCGGAAGUCAGAUCAGGAAACCAGUGAACCUGUGGAGUUCACUUAUGAACCACAGAUGUUUGGUAUGUGACUCAGUUUAAGGCAGAGUUCUUUAACUAUUGAUCAUAACAAAAGUUUUAACGGAGUCAGGGGAUAUAAUUAUUUAUUAUUAAUUGUGUAAAAAAAUGAUUUUGAUGAUCAAUUAAGCAUGUCUUGCAAAGGCAGAUAUGUCGACAUUGAUCAAAGUCCGGGAGCUAGGGUCGUUUUGCACAACCUAGAGGACAGAAAAGGUUGGACGAUGGAUUUUGAUAGAUUAAAGCACCCUCUUUGUGGCUAGGAGGCUUGUGGUUUCAAAUCGGCGUGUACGUUUUGCGUUUUGAGUUAUAGCUAUGUUUUAACAGUCGUCAACAGUGGAAAUAAGUUUUUCAUGAAUUUGAGGCUGAAAGUUGAAGCCAAAUAAAUUCUAAGAAAUGCACUCCACAAGAAAACCAACAUGCUCAUAUAUCUCCUUAGACUUCUCUAAGAUAGUUUUAACAAAACCACUGCUGUUUUAACAGGGAGCGAUACCAUAAAUACCGACCUCUUCUGGGGAUGUGUCACAAUAUCUUUUUUCAACGGGUGAUUCAGUUUUGAAAGUUUUUUUUUAUGGAAAAUUUUGCAUAAAGCAUUGUUUUGAAUUAGUCAUAGGACUUACUAUAGUUUCAAGAGAAACUGAAAACAAUGCUUAUAUAAAAUUUUGAAGGGAAAACAGAGAGUAUUAUUAGUAUUUUUUAAUAUGGCCUAUUACACACAAUGAUAGAAAUACUUUUAUUAAUGAGUGGGAAGUUUUUUUUUUAACUGUUAAUAUUGCUUAUUCUUAGGUAAAGAGCAGAUUGGUGCUAAGAGACGGAAGAAGAUUCCUCAUUUCUCAGACUAUUUUCCAGGGGGAGGGGGUGGCCCACCCAGUGUGGGUGGUGCUUGUGGAGGAGUUUUUGCUGGUUUACCUGGGUUUGGAUUGUUUCCAACCUUUAACUUGGUGGGAUUAAAGCCCAGUAAUGAAGGUGAGUUUAGCAGA